CCCUUUUUCUCUCUAAAAGUCUUGAAUUCUCUGUCUCUCUGCUCCAAUUCAUCCCAACCUUCCCUUUGCAUCAAUGGCGGUCACCCAUGCUGAUCUUGCCCCCAGUCCUCCCAAAACUGACCUGAGCAGCAAAACAGGCCUUGUAAUCAUGGUUUGUUCCAUAAUUCUGGGGCUCAAUUGCUUCAUCCUCUCCCUCAUUUCUGAAGCCACGCGUUCCGAGGUUUCAUGGAUGGCAAAGAAUGGUGGGGGAGAUGGGAAAUAUGAAUGCACGUAUAGUGGGAGUGGAAAGACCCCUCUAAUGAGUGCAGCCGGUGCCUUCCUCUCCCUGGCACUAGCCAUGGUGUUAGAACAUUCAUAUCUAUUGAUAGCAGUGAGCAAAUCCCCAACAGCUUCUUUAGCUUACUGGGACCCUGAUUCUGAUUUUGUCAAGUCUCUCACCUGGCAAGCUGGAUUUUUCUUUGUUGCAACAUGGAUUUCAUUUGCUGUCGGGGAGAUACUGCUGCUAAUAGGACUCAGUGUAGAAUCAGGGCAUCUAACCAAAUGGAAAACGCCAAAGCAAAGCUGUCUGGUAAUCGGACAGGGAGUGUUCUCAGCCGCCGGAGUUUUCGGUCUGCUAACAGUUUUCAUGGCUGCCGGUCUAUACAUCUCAGCUCUGCGCGGCCAGAGGUUUUUGCAAGACCAAGAAAACAUCCACCACAACGCCAUCGAGGCCUCGGUCCUCUACGCAUCGCCGCCGAGGUCGCCGCGAAGGAUAAUCCGGCCGGUUGCUGACGAGAACCCCGUUGCUAGACAGGAUAGAAAUGAGCAUAUUUCAUUGGGACAGUACACGUCGGAGCUUGAAAAGUACUUGUAUCUUGUUUGAAGGAAAGCAUGCACAAGAGGUUAUGCCAUUGCCAAGGCUCUUAGCUAGGGAUAACAUUAUCAUGUGUAAGUGUAAAUGAAAAGUUUGUACACUACUUUUGGUUUGAUUUUAAGUUUAAGACAUUGUUGAAUGUUGAUUGUAAAUUAAACUAAUGCCCCAAAUUUGUGAUUAAAAGGUUCAAAUAUAUCUGAAUUUGUAUGAAAAGUCAAUUAAACACUCAAA